AUCUGAAGCAGCACAUUUCGGAUCCAUUGAAAGGUUUUGAACUUCCGUGCGUCGCAAUGAUUUGGAUCUAUUAAUACAGCAUGCUUCUUCGGGGACUGUUAAAUGCUCGUCACUAGCAGUCAGUAUCUCAAAACGUGCAGGCGCUGAAAAGUGGCCAGUAGGUAAUCAUCGUAUAAAGUGUUUCCUCCCUGGGACAGGACGGUUCUCCGACAUGCAAACGAAGGGGGCUAUUUGCUGUUGUUUCAGAAGAAUUUACAAGCCUGUCCCUUCAAAUACAGACUGGCGGAAUCAGUUGUCGGAGGAAGAGAAGAACGUAUACCUGACAGAAAAGACAUUGCUGCUUGUGUCGGAGAACCUAGGGGAAGGUUGGGAGGCGGUUGGCGUCCGUCUAGGGCUGACUUAUGUGUGUGUACAGAGGUGCAAGAUGACUCACUCUACCUGUGUGCUGCAGAUCUUUGCCAUGUUGAACACGCGGAGGAGGAAGGAAGGUCAGGAGGCUACAGCCGGGAAUCUGAUGGUUAUCCUCCAGCAGAGUCUACAGGUGUGCAAUACAGACAUGUGGGAUGUCGUCGCCGUGUUAAAGGAGCACUGAUGAUCUAACUCACACUUCAACUCAACGUAUCAGUGACAAAAAUGAUGUCCUAUGCAAGUCACUAUUUUGACUUAUACCAUACGUUCCCGAAAUAUUUUCAGGUUAACAAUUGACUAGACUUUGCAUAUAUUUAUAACGGGUG